ACUGCGAUCGUGACCGCUCGUCGACUGAACGCAUCGCAUCGGACCGAAGAUCACGGCAGUUCGCGGCGCGUUUCGCUGCCCUACACAUCGCAAAGUGAUCGGCUCCGUGGGUAAAAAUAAAUAUACUCAUCGAGUCCGUAAAUGAAAAGUACGCGGCGCGAGUGCAUACAUAACCCGAAAACGUGUGAGUUAAUUGUGCGCGAAUCGUCGAGGGCAGAGUUUGGGAAAUGGCAGCCAGCGAAGCGCCACCCGCGGACUCUGCGGUGGAGGUGCCGUCGCCGCCACCGGCGAACGACUCCGAGGACGUCACCCUGGACGCCAUCCUGAAGCAUCUCGGCCAGUUUGGGCGCUUCCAGCUGAUCAUAUUCGUGCUGAUCUGCCUGCCGAUGAUGUUCCACGCCAUGUUCUCGGUGACUUAUGUGUUUACCGCGGCCACCGUGACGCACAGAUGCAACAUCGCGGAGUGCGAUUUGCCGGAGAGCGCCUACUACGAGGAGCAUACGGAGUGGAGUAUUCCCAGGAACGGAAAGGACCUGGACGCCUGCAAUCGGUACACCAACUCCGAGCUGCCACAAUGGAACCAGUCCUCGGACAUUUGCUUGCCCACUCUUUUCACGAAGGUUUCGGAACCCUGCCCCGACAAUAAGUUCGUCUUUCGCGACGAUGAGGUUACCAUUUCCAAUGACUUUGGCAUUUUCUGCGACGAUGAGUGGAAGCUAUCAAUGGUCGGAACCAUAAAUAAUCUGGGACAGUUCUUUGGCAUUCCCAUCGGCGGCUUUGUGGCAGAUCGAUAUGGACGAAGCUUCUCGAUCGCGCUGGGCGGCAUCAUGGGGGCUGUGCUGGGCGUGGUUCGCUCCUUUUCGCCCAGCUACGGGUGGUUUUUGGUGUUUGAGUUCCUGGACAACAUGACCAGCAGCACGCUGUACUCCACCUGCUUCGUGAUCGGCAUCGAACUGGUGGGACCCAGGCGGCGGGUGCUGGCCUGCAGCGUGAUUACGAUCUUUUAUGCCGUGGGCGAGGUUGCGCUGGCCAUGGCCGCCAAGGCGUUUCCCAACUGGCGCAUCCUGCUGCGCAUCACCUACAUGCCCUCGCUGAUCCUGCUGGCCUACUUCUGGAUCCUGCCGGAGAGCGUGCGCUGGCUGCUCAGUCAGGGCAAGGAGGAGCGGGCCAAGAACAUCCUGCGUCGCGCCGCCAGUGUCAACAAGCGCGAGCUGCCGGAGAGCAUGCUGGACAAGCUCGUCCUGGCCAACCGGGACAAGUUGCAGCAGUCGUCUGAGAGCCGCUUUCCCAUCCGCGAGGCCUUCAAGAACUUCAAGUGGCGCAUCGCCAACUGCUCCUUCUGCUGGAUCGUCCACGUGCUGGUCUACUACGGACUGAGUCUCAAUGUGGUGCUACUUGACGGGGACAAGUACAACAACUUCGCCUACAUCGCCCUGGUGGAGAUCCCCGGUUUCUUCUUGCCCCUGCUCAUCAUGGACCGCUUCGGCAGGCGGUACUCCCUCUGCGGCCUGAUGUUGGCGAGCGGGCUCUGCUGCAUUGGAACGAUCUUCGCCGGCGCAGAUCAGCCGGUGCUGCAGCUGGUGCUGUUCCUCGUUGGAAAGCUGACGAUCACAGCCAGCUUCCAGGUGCUCUACUUCUUCGCCUCGGAGAUCUACCCCACGAAUCUGAGGAACAGCCUGCUCAGCUUCUGCUCGAUGAUGGGCAGGUUCGGCUCCAUGCUGGCCCCGCAAACGCCGCUUCUGGCCAAGUAUUACGCCAGUGCGCCUGCCAUGCUCUUCGCUGGCGCCGCCAUCGUGAGCGGACUGCUCACCCUCUUCUUUCCAGAGACCACCAACGUCAUCCUACCCACCACGGUGCAGGAAGCGGAUGCCAUAGGCGUCAAGAAGAAGCCGUCGCAGGGCAAGGAUCUCGAUCUAGUCGUUGCCGCAAGUCAAACGCAGUAAUCAGUAGGAUAAUCAUAGCCUAAGGCAGCCUGCAAAUACAAAGACAUUUCUUUACAAAUGUGUUAUACUCUAAAUAUAAUUAUAAGAAUGAACAAUAUAUAUACUAUAUUUUAGCAUCCAAA